CUUGAUUAAAUAUUCGAAACAAGGGCCGGGAAGAAAACAACAUGCAGGAUCUAAAUGAAUUUUUGGAAUACAGAUUAAGUAAGUAUUUAUGGAAAAGUUUCCCUCCAAUUUUAUUAGUGCUUGGCACGUUUGGUAACACGUUAGCAAUUCUAGUACUGAUGCAGCGUAAGAAUCGCCGUUCAACCUCGGCGUUAUUCCUGAUAGCGCUGGCAAGUGCAGACAUUUUGGUUCUUUGGUUGGGUCUUCUAAGACAGUGGAUAAAGUAUACGUUUGGUUUCGAUAUAAGGGACGUAUCUGUAACAGGCUGCAAGAUGCACGUUUUUCUCGUGUAUACAGCGUUUCAUUGUUCAUCAUGGUUUCUAGUUGCAUUCACAUGUGAACGAUUUUUAGCCGUGUUGUUUCCACUUUGUGUGAAUGGAUUCUGUACCUAUAAAAACGGUAUUUGUUUAAUUGCAUUACUGACUGUAGGGCUUGUCCUUUUAAAUAGCCACUUGUUUUAUGGAGUAACCUUAAUACAGUAUGUUUCCAGAAAUUCUACAACACGUUGGAUUUGCGACGUCGUGAAUGAUGACGUUUACCAGAAAUUUCACAAGACAUGGGUAUGGAUUGACAAUUGUAUAUAUUCGUUGAUUCCAUCCUUGUUACUCCUAAUUGUUAACUUAUCAAUUAUUUUACGUCUAGUAUGGAGGCGAUUAGAAAGAAGAACACACGUUGUACUGGCGUCAUCAACUAAAGAGAAACUGCCCCAAAUCACAGCAACACUUAUCACGACCAGCUUGGUGUUUGUUUUAUGCACAACGCCAAUAUCGGUAAUACUUAUUGAAUAUGCGCACGGGCAUCAUGAUUAUGAAUCCAAUACUCGAGCAUUUGCACUAUUUUCAUUAAAGUGGGUCUUGGUCAACAUUCUCAGUUAUAUGAACAAUGUUCUAAAUUUUGUGUUAUAUUUUCUUAGCGGUUCAAGAUUUAGACGUCAAACAAAGGAUUUUCUCUUUACAUCUCUAGGAAAUUGCAAGCCAAAACAAGAAAUAAAUGUUAUAACAUGAAUUUAAUUUAGAUCUACAUGUACAUGUAUGUAAAUAUAAACAAACGCGUGUAUGUGUAUUAAUUCCUGAGAGUGCAAAUUCGGGUCCUUAAAGAUUGAACUUAGUCUAACUGACGGUCAUAUGUUAAUUUUGUAUAUAAAGAAGUGAUCUUUAUCAAUUGUAUUUUUUACAUCGUUUAUAUAGUUUUUGUUUAGUGCCCAGCUUUAUUUGUCAACAAUGAUUCAAAAUUAUGUGUUAAUUUUCAUAGAAGAACUAAAGUCGAUACUAUAUCAAAUCCAUUCAUAGUCAUAGCAUUUGUAAAAGUAGUCAUUUUCAUAAAUUUGCACAUGCGCUUUCGUGUGCCGUUUAUGAAUAUUAAUUUACUUAAAAAUGACGUCAAAAGGCCAACAUACAUCAAUUUUGUAUUUAUGGAUAAAGGAUAUACAUGCAGUUCAGAUUUAAUCCGCGUCUUGGAGAAAAAAAAUGUUGCACGUGUAAACGUAAAAACUCAUAAUUAACACAUUUAUUUAAUUUUACCCAUGAAAUAUGGUGCUAGAUCUAUAUCAGUUAAAUAUAUUUCAUAUUUUUUAAAUAAAUAUGAAAUAUAAAUAUGAAAGUGGGCGGAGUCAAAUCUCAUAUUUUUUAAGGGACUUCUUUCGCCAUUUUGUUUGCAAAAUUUGAUAAAUGCAAAACAACUUUUUGUUGAAUUUGUUUUGAAAACUGUCUAGAAUGAUAGAAAAAGGUCUAACUAAGAAAAUAAAUCCGACC